AUUACAUUAAUACAAAGCAAAUAUUCUAAAAAUACCACAAGUCAUGAAAAUAUGAGAGCAAUGGAAGCUAGCUUUUCAGUUUCCAUGGCCUAAACAGAACAAGAGUCGCUCAGUUGCUGUUGAGGCCAUCCCCCCACACCAGCACCACCACCACCUUUGAUCGCCACAAUCACAACCGUCCAUUUUUUUCCAAGUUUGAAGAUUGAUCUACUAGUUACUUUUUGUUGAAGAAAUGAUACGCCACUUCAGCCUCAGGAGAAGAGUUAAACGCCGCGUCUUGGUCCUCCGCCGCGUCAUGGACCGGCUGCUCAUGUGUUGUUUAGGAAAGCCGGUCCAGUACAGUAUGCUGCCCAUUUCGGCCGCCAUGUCGUCGGCGAACGACACCCCUUCCACUUUUGCGUCUUCGUCGCCGUCCUCGAAAUCAAGGGAUCUCACGUGUCAUCACCUUCAUCGGAACAAGAGUAGCCACCGUGUUAGCAGCUCCGAUUUAGUGCCGUUGAAGAUCAGCCUCUUGGGAGAUAGCCAGAUUGGAAAAACUAGCUUUGUGGUAAAGUAUGUAGGAGAUGAUGAGAAGGAAGAGGGAGGAGAGACAGACACCACCGGAUUAAAUUCAAUGGAUAAGACAUUGUUGGUCAGUGGUGCACGGAUUUCCUAUAGUAUUUGGGAAGUUGGAGGUGAUGUAAAAUCCCAGGAUAACAUUCCUGUUGCUUGCAAGGAUUCCGUAGCUAUUUUGUUCAUGUUUGAUUUAACUAGUCGGUGUACGUUAAAUAGUGUCAUAACAUGGUAUCACCGAGCAAGGAAAUGGAAUCAGACGGCAAUCCCAAUAUUAAUUGGAACAAAGUUCGAUGAUUUCAUCCAACUCCCCAUAGAUUUGCAAUGGACAAUUGCAAGUCAGGCAAGAGCAUAUGCAAAGGCACUAAACGCAACGUUGUUCUUUUCGAGUGCAACAUACAACAUAAACGUGAACAAGAUCUUCAAAUUCAUAACGGCCAAGCUCUUCGACUUACCUUGGACAGUGGAGCGCAAUCUGACCAUCGGAGAGCCCAUCAUUGAUUUCUAGUGUUGGAUUUUUGUAAAUAUAGCAGGAUCUCUCUGAUCUGUUUCCUCCCCAGAGAUAUAUGGAGUCAACUGGUCGGUCCCUGGAGGCUGGAGUUGCCGUAGUCGUCAGUCUGAUAACGAUACGUUUUUCUUCCCCAUUUCAUGACCUUGUUUUUUGUCUUCCAUUUCAUGACUUGGAGAAAGGGAGAGGCGGACAGCCCACAUCUCCACAUAUAAUGAAUAAAGUUUUGUUCAGCAGUUGUAGACAAGGUUCGAAAAAGAAAAACCAAUCAUGAAUUUUUGAUA